AUGUGCGGCCCAGGAUCGAGUUGUUUGGAGCUCUUGGACAAUCAAGUCGACGAAUUUCGACCAACCAACACACCCGGGCCUCUGUCGAUCGCCUUCUUCUUCUUAGGAUUCAUCUUGAUAAACCAGUCCAUUCGACGUUUAUUUCCAUCCAGAGCUGAGGAUCGUAACAACAACAAUGGUCUUCCUCGAGAGCCCAAGAGUGACGAACUCGAUGCAAAGGAGGAAGAGGAUGAAGACGAGCAGGAUGGUGCCGCUUCAAAAGACUUGAUGAGGAUGACGCUCGCCAGAAAUGAACAUCCCUCCAGCCAACAUCCACAAAUCACUCACAACCGCUUCGUUGCAUCAGAAUCGCCUGCCAGAUCUUUACUCCCAGACCCUCUCUCGAUCUCCUCGCCCCUCAUGGCGCCGAACUCAAUUGGCCUCCCUAACACAUGGGUUGAUUCUCACCGAAACAUUAUCCAACCCAUCCACAGCUCGGAUUUCACGUCUCAGGCUGCUCAACAUUUCGCUGAAAUCACCGAUAGCUGCAGUGAAUCAACCACUUCUGCUUGA